ACAUUUGCACCGUGACCAAUUGCCUUGUCCAAAAACUCUAUUCUUCUGCAUUAUUCAUCAGUUCCCACAUGGUAAAUAAAUAGUGAAUGGAAAUAUAUGUCCAUUCAAGAAAGCCCGUGUUCGGUACGAUGGACUAUACAUUAUUCACAGCACACCAAUCCAUGGCAUCCCUCCACGAACUGCUAUCUGAAGAAGGAUUUGAGCACCAAAAAUCUCUGGAAACCAGAAAAAAGGUGAAGUUUAGAGACAGGAGAGUCCAAGAUGAGUCGAUUACACUGCCUAUUUACAUAUGCCAUGACAGAAGAAGAUUUGAUGCUUCAUCUAAGCAGAGGAGUGAAAAGGCCAAUUCAAUCAACGGUUCUACGGUUUUUUCAUCAAGAAGAAGGGAUUCAGACUCUGAGAGAUCGAAUACAAAGUCUGUCACAGAAGGGACUUCUAGAAAAGAUGAGCCUGCAAUUGAUGAUGCGGCUAUUAAAGCUGUGAUUUCUAUCUUGAGUGGAUAUGUAGGCCAGUAUUCAAGAGACAAGAAUUUUCGCAAAACAAUCAGAGAAAAGUGUUAUUCUUGCUUUGUGAAAAGGAAGAAGUAUUCAUCAGAUAAUGGAGUUUUUGCCAAUAUGGAAUUGGGAAUUCAGAGUAUUGAGGGAUUGGUCGAAAGUCAAGAGAUAAAUAAGAAAUCACUGAAGAAUUCUAUUCAGCUGUUGAACAUUGUAGCUUCCUUGAAUUCCAAAACCUCAAUAGAUGGUUCAACUUGUGGAGCAUCCAAUUCAUAUCUCUCAGCUUGCGCACAACUUUACUUAUCAAUUGCUUACAGGAUUGCGGAAAAUUAUAGAAAUUCGGCUAAACACGUCCUGCAAGUGUUUUGUGAUUCGCCAUUUCUUGCGCGAGCACAUUUGCUUCCUGAACUUUGGGAACAUUUCUUUCUUCCCCACUUACUUCACCUCAAGAUUUGGUACGCUAAAGAGCUUAAAUUUCUUUCUAAUUCGAAAUAUGUUGACAAGGAGAAAAAGAUUAAGGCUCUUAACAAGUUGUAUAAUAGUCAAUUGGAUUUUGGGACAAUACAGUUUGCUUUUUACUACAAGGAGUGGCUUAAAAUUGGUGUUCCAGCUCCUGUUGUUCCUUCUGUUCCGUUACCUUCGAAAAUAAGCCAUGCUCGUUCAAGAAGGAGAUCUUCGGACUCUUCAACUUCUUAUCAUUCCAUCAGUAAUAAAUCACUAUAUCAAGCUGUUUUUGGAAAUCCAAAGGGAGAAGAGAAGUUCUGUAUGGUAGAAGAAGAAAUCAAGCAUUGCAGUCAUGUUGAAGAGAGAGCUAUGGAUCAACAAUUGUUGUCAAGUCAAAGUUACAGAAAACCGAAAGUUGAAUUGUGGCCAGAAAAUCAGAAAUCAGAUUAUUUCAGGUUUUUAGCUUGCCGCAAUGAACCAACACAGUGCUUGGUAGAGGAAAACUAUAAGCCUAAAAAUUCCAUAAUCAAGAAAGCUGAAAAUGUCCAUCUUUCUCCCUCCAACGACGUAUUGAGAGCCAUUUCUGUUAUUUGCUCCUUAGGUAGCCUGACUGAUUGUGAAAUGGCAAUUCGUGUGGUGAGCAAAGUUUGGUUGGAUUCUCAAGGAGAUCCCACAAUUGAAAAUUCAUUAUCACAGGUUCCUGUUAUGGAAGGAAUAAUGGAGGUUUUAUUUGUCUCUAAUGAUGAUGAAGUCUUGGAACUUGCUAUCUCAAUUUUAGCAGAACUGGCAACAAAGAGGGAGUUGAAUGCAAAAAUCAUAUUGAAUUCAGAUCCGAACCUUGAUGUCUUCCUAAGAUUACUGAGAAGUAACAGCCUAUUUCUGAAAGCCGCAGCUCUACUUUACCUAGUGAAGCCAAAGGCUAAGCAGAUGAUAUCAACAGAAUGGAUUCCACUAGUCCUUCGAGUUCUAGAAUUCGGUGAUCAAACACAAUCCUUAUUCACAGUUCGAAGCAGCCCUCAGGUGGCAGCAUAUUACUUCCUAGACCAACUUUUAACGGGGUUUAAUGAAGACAAAAAUUUAGAGAAUGCUAGACAAAUCAUUUCACUAGGUGGGCUGAACUUGCUUGUCAGAAGGACGGACGUCGGGGACACUUAUGAGAAGAGUAGAGCUGCUACUGUUCUACAUUAUUGUAUUCAAGCUGAUGGAACCUGUCGACACUUCUUGUCCAAAAACUUGAAGAAAGACAUUAUUAUAUCCCUCCUUUUCCUCGGAAAGCAAAUGAAUUCUCAUGGACAUGCUCUUGCAUUACUGACAGAGUUACUCUGCCUUAACAGAAGAAACCAGAAAGAAGAAUUCUUAGGUGGACUAAUAAUGGGAUGUGACUGCUUAAACACAAUGAAUAUUUUGUUACUCUACCUCCAAAAUGCAAGGCCAGAAGAACGCCUGAUAGUUGCAGUCAUAUUGCUACAGCUAGAUCUAAUGGGAGAUCCUUUGGAGUAUAGUGUAUAUAGGGAAGAGGUGGUAGAUGCAAUGGUAAAAGCUUUAGAUUGUCAAGUGUUCAACGGGAUAGUCCAGGAGCAAUCAGCCAGAGCUCUCCUAAUUCUCGGAGGACAUUUUUCUUAUAAUGGAGAGCCAAUAAUGGAGAAAUGGCUCUUGAGAAAAGCGGGCUUUGAUGAGAAGUCAGAAGACUCGUUUUAUGGAAAGGACAUCGGUGUUGAUGGAUACUUACAAUUGAAUAAAGAGGACAAAACAGUGGAAAUUUGGCAAAGAAAAGCAGCAAUGGUUUUGCUUACCAUUGGCAACGGGAGGCUUCUUGAGGCUCUUUCGGAUUCAAUGGCCAAUGGUAUCCCAUGCCUGGCACGAGCAAGCCUGGUGACUGUAUGCUGGAUGAGCAUUGGUCUCCAUUCCCUUGGAGAUACACAUCUUAAAUUCAAGGCAUGCUCAGUCCUCAUGACACAACUAGUAGAAUCCUUGAACUAUGACAGGCCUCUCGAGGAAAGAAUUCUGGCAUCAUUUUCGUUACUCAGCCUUAUAAAGGGUACAGAUUAUUUUUCCAAACCAUUGGCUACAGAUAAAGAGCUUCUGAAUCGCCUUUCAAAAAUCUCUCAAGUAACUUGGACAGCUGAGGAGCUUAUUUCAAUUAUGACAAGCAGUUGGACAGAUUCAUGAAGAAAUAACAAGAAGAUUAGCAUUUAAGUCUUAGUUUGCAGUAGAAGAUUUGGCAGCUAGCUCAGCCCCUUCUUCUUCAGGAGGAACUCCAGGUUGAGGAGUUACUCGGAAUGCUGCCAAAAUAUCAGCAUCUUUGGUUUCGUAUUUAGGAGUAUAGUAAGACAAUUGUAAGGAUUUCCUUCUUCAUUUGCAUGCAUAUACACGCCAACUUGAUCUUGUUUAUAUGUUGUGAAGGGAACUUUUUUUUGUUCUAAUACCUUGUAUUGUGUGUCCUUUGUGAAAGAAGUUAUGUUAUUGAUUUCAUCAAUCUGUAAAAUGGAAAUUUCCCUGUAAAUAGAUGAAUCAUAUUCUUCGCUAAAACUUUUGAAUACUCUUUCCUCUCUGCUUGCUUCAUGUGGAAGAUGGAUCUGGAAGA